ACGGUGACCGCGUCAAGUUCCCCAUUCGCCAGUCGCUCUUUACAAUCGACAUACAUAUAAUAAUCUUUACAUCAAUCCGAUUGUGUGUGAAUAAUUGCGUGUUUUGUAAUAUUACGUAUGAAUAUAAAUAUAUACAAAUAUUGUGGCAGUUUAUCAAAUUGAUUUGUUGAAGCCUCAAGGUUGGAUAAGCCAUAGAUAGGAUUAACCUCAGAUUGGAGAUCAAGUUCGCAGAUCCGACACAUCCCAGAAGCAUUUCAGGAAAAAGAACCGCAGAAAUGUCAACGACGCUUCUCGCCUACGCCGUGUGCAUUGGAUUGAUCGUCAAUCUCUUAUCAGUGGACGCCCUGCGAUGCCAUCAGUGCAACUCCCAUUCGAACGAGGACUGCGCCAGUUUAUUGGUCAAUACACCACGCGCCCAGCGAGAUGACCAGUUUCUGAAGGACUGUGCACCCCGUGGUGAGAAGGAGGCCUUCUGCCGCAAAACGAUCCUGAAGUUCGAGGUGAACGGGGAGCACCGCAUCGAGCGAGGCUGCGGCUGGAUCGAGGAGAAGAUGCAGAACGCCUGCUUCACUGCCGACAACGAGGGAUACAAGCAGACCAUAUGCACCUGCAGCCAGGAAGGCUGCAAUGGAGCCACCUCCCUCCUGGGGGCACAAUACACUCUGGCAGCCGCUGCCAUCAGUCUGCUCGUCGUCAGCCUCAUCAGAAACUAACCUUAGGCCAAUCGUUCAUCCGAAGCGUACGAGUACCUUAUGUUUUUUCAGCUAUGCCAUAUAAGUAAUGUUAUGUCUACAUCUUCCGAAGGGACAGGCGCUCCCAUCUGUCCGGCAACUGUUUCGCGUUUAGUUUUGUAUUUCUAUUUAAUUUCUAUGAAAAUAUAAGCCUUAAAUUUAACAAAAAUA